UAAUGUACAAAGAAUUAGAAGCCGCAAUUAAUAAUAUUGAUGAGUAAACAGAAAAAUAAUUAUAAAAUACUAUUACAAAAUUGGUUAAGGCAUUUUCCUUAUGUGUGGAAAAUGAUAAAACAGAUUGCAAAAAAUAUUCAACUCUAUUUGAUCCUUUAAAACAGAGUCUUGAUUAAGAGAAAUAGGGACUUUAUAAAUGUAUCGAUGAGAAUCAGAUUACAUCUCAAUAAUGUAUACAAACCUUUUAGAAAAAGUCAAUAUAAAUAAUUUUUCAAUAAUUAUCAAAAAUAGAAAAAGAAGUAAAGUGA